AUGAUAAAACAAAGAUUAAUACCAAAUGGAAGAUGUUUAAACACCAUUACCAAACUAUUCAGCAAUAAUAUUACAAAAAAUGCUCACCCAAUCAGAAAUAUGUCAAACUUUAAGAAAUUCUUAAAUCCUUUUAAAUACUACCAAGAAAAUGCGGAUAAUCAAGCCAAAAGAAGAGUUAAAAAAGAAUUAGAGUCAGGUAUGCUAUGGGAUCUUAAAGAAAUGAUGAAAAACCCUUCACUAAAAGAAAUUGUUGGUUCACCAACUCUUAUUUCAGAAUCACAAGCCCAAACUGUACCAACUGUUAAAUCAAAAGAUCUAAAAGGAAAUCAAUUAAACUUUCCCGAUUGUCUUGAAACCGAUAAACCAACAUUAUUAAUUGUUACCUUAAAACCAUUUUUUUCAGAUAAAUAUGUUAAAAGUUGGUCAGAUCCAUUCAAAGAGCAAUUUCCAAAUAUUAAAGUUUAUAAUUUAGUUUUAGUAAAUCAAUUUUCGUAUCAAUUAUUAUCACCAAUUAUUAAGAGCACUAGGGCAGGAAAGAUUGAUAGUGUUAUCGAAUCGUGGAGUAACCAACCAUUCUAUAAUAUUAAAUCAUCAAAUAAUUUAUAUGAAGAUUUUUCAAUUUCAAAUCCAUAUAGUGCAUAUGUAUUUUUAGUUAAUGAGGGUAAAAUCCGUUGGCAAGCAUCCGGUUUAUCAACACCAGGUGAAGUUGAAUAUUUAAAUAAAUUAACUAGACAAUUAAUCGAAAAAAAGAAUUAA